AUGUUUCCCAUCCGGUCGAGCUGGAGAUAUAUGCUCAUACUCUUCGGCGUCUGCAACCUUGUUAAUUCAAGUCAGGUUGUUUUACAAGACGCGCAAAAGGACGUCUCCCAAGCCCCAUAUCGUGCUGAUAAUCCUCGCAUAUACCCUUUGCCUGAGUGUGAGAGAUGCCCAAGCGAAAAGGAGAUUAGAGCACCGGGUGUUGGAUUUGCAGUGGAGACUAGUUAUGGCGCUGCCGUAGUGAGACUCCAGGACGGUAGCCUUCAGCAAAUUGCCUUGAUCGAAGGCGAUGCUUCCUACACAGCUCUUUUCCGCCGCCUCGCGACUGGCCCAAUGUUUCCAGAUCCGUAUUAUUUUGACUGUAAAAGGGACGUGUGGGAUUAUUUCAUGAGACAAGCACAACGCUAUUUAAACAAACUCAUCGGGCGGCCUGCAAAUCCGGAAACAGCUAUCCUCGCCGCGAUGGUAUCGGCACUUCAACACGAGACGCAGACCUGGCAUUCGGCUCAAAAAGAAGAGAUCAACGAUGUUUUCGACCAUCUGAAACUUAAGAAUUUCCUAGCUCAAUCAAUCUAUCGAAAGGAGCUAUACGCAACCUCAGCAGCAUCUGCAGGCUAUGAGACUGCUAUGUGUAACAACUUUACAGAUGUAUACAAAUGUGAGAAUGAGGAGUUGGAACUUCCUGCACGGCGUGUUCUACACAUCGACUUCAACCAAGAGAGUUUAAGCAGGACGAUCAUAACACUAAGUAGUGUGUGGGAUGGGUCCAUAGAUUACAGAUUUGUAGAUACAGAUCUGGGAUAUGCACACCAUGGUGAUCUACUCGAUACCGCACCCGAAAGAGACAGUGAACAGUAUUGGACUUCCAUCUCUGCUCGGAUUCGCAAACUUGCUAUGUCGUCCCGACAUGCCAUCGAAAAGCUCAUGCUCACCGGAACUUCAGCUUCAGACCCUCGUUUCGAAGCUGCGAUUCGAGAGGCGCUCCAUGACAUACUUGCCCAGGAGGUCAUCGCUGAUCUUGUGGGUGAUGCCGAUACUGCUGAUGACGAAACUGAGUGGAGAGUGAAGUUUACCUUUGCAACUGCUCAAGGAGCGGCCAGAGUUGCGAAGCGUGUCCAGGAAAUUCCUUUCAUGUGUCGCCAGACCGACGAAUGUAGGAAACGCCAUGAGCGUGCACAAGACGAGAUUCGAGAUAGGGUAGCUUCAGGGUAG